GUGGUUCUUGAAAUCAUGUGCAUGGCUGAAAUGAAUUUUAUCCGACUGCUACACCGCACGGAGGAUAUGGCGGCGGCAAACAGGACAGAUUCACUCCGUUUUCACAAUUACUUGUUGGCGCUGAAACGUUUUUUCAACGAACUGCUUUCGUCCGAUGCUCGUCCACCUGUAGACUACCUCCAUCACUACGAAUGCAGAAUUAAACAAUUGGAAGCUGCCAGGGAUUUGGCCACUUCUGCCAACUCUGGACAACAUGUUCUCAUAAUUUCUUCCAACCCCAUGAUACCUCGCCCAAUUGUGGAUGAUCGACUCACACUCUGGUCUCACACUCUUUCCACGUCCCCAACCUCACGCGUUGAUUCAAACAAGGAAACCGAUUCUGAGUUGACGUAUCGACCAACCUCCAUACGUGGGUUUGUAGACGACGCUCCAAAUAUUUUGCGUCACGAGCAGCAACACGCUUAUGUCGAAAAACGAAGACAGCUCCUUGGUUCCGGACUCGAUGAAGAAACUCUUAACCAGAAUGGAGACCGCGAUUCUUCAAAAAAUUCCCAGGCCCAUGUCAUCCUGGAGGAGGAGCUUCGUAGAGAACAACUAGCAUCUAGUAUGAUCGGCAUGACAAGACACUUAAAGGAUCAGUCUUUGGCGAUGAGCGAUCGUCUGCAAUCGGAUCGAAAAACAGUAGAAGAUAGUAUCGUUCAAACAACAAAAAAUCAAGCCACUCUUUCUGUUGUAAUGAACCAGCUUUCAGAAGAAUUGGGUUCACGAUGCGCACGCACUGUAUGGAUUGCAUUGUUUUUAUCUUUAAUCUUGUUCUUUCAAAUGAUUGCCUUUAUGAAAAUUUUUCGGAGACGCUCGCGUUGGUAUUAUGGCACUGCAAGAACAGAACUUUAGUACUUUUGAUUCUACUGCGUUGCUGUCUUUCACCGAUCUUCUUGUUUCCUUUUGCCUGUCUACCAAGCAAUCCUAGUGCACUUUCCAUGAGAAAAACUGCAUACAGUUGAUUUCCACCUG